AUGAACGACAAUUUAACUGUUGGCUGGGAAGCGCCUAAGGCUGGAUACAGCGAUCUGCGGAAUGCAGAGCGCAACACUGUAGCCCAGGAGCUCUUUGGCAAGAGCUUUGAAGACUGUGACGUCGAACAGCGGCUUCAGUGCCAUCCAGAUAAGUGCCCAGGAGAUGAAGCAGCAAAUGAGAGGUUCCAGCGUAUCAGCAUGGCCUACAGCGUCCUCUCCGAUGAGCAGAAGCGGCGGUAUUAUGACCAGACCGGCACGACUGAAGGUCUUGACAUCAGCCCCGACGAGUUUCUGGACAUGUUCCAGUCCUUGCUGCUGGAGAUUAUCGGCGGAGCUGACAUGAUCAAGGCGAUGCUAUCAUGCUUCACACCCCGUGAACUGGCACGGCUUCCACCGUUUCCCUUUCCCAAGGAGCUUUUCCCGCCAGGCACCUUCCCGCCUGGGCUGCGUUUUAGCAGCAAAGGCCUGAAAGGUCUACCACCGCAGAUUGAUGAACUUAUUCAAAAUGGAGAUCUGCAUGCCAUGUUCGCGGCCAUGUCCGGGGUAUCCCCCACUGGUUCGAGCGGCGGCUUCCGAUCUGACGGCGCUAGCAGCCGCCGCGGUGGCGGCGCGAGCAGCAGCAGAGGGCGGGGCGGGGGCGGCGGCAACACGACGCCGCUGCGCGAUCCCUUUGGCUACAGUUCCUAUGGCCUUUCGCAUGCGGCAACUACAUCACUGUACGGCAAUGCAUACGUUGAUUUCGGGCUGGCCGGUGGCGAGAACGACGAAUUUGGGGACAGUGAAAACAGCACGGGUACAGGGAGCAGUGAAAGUGAGUGGACGGACGUUUCGGAGAGCGAGCUGGAGGCGGUCUGGGCUCAGCAGCAACAGGAGUCGCCGACGGCAGCACCGUCUGUAUCACCAGGGCAGGCCCCGGAGGAUGCUGCUUCGACCGCGACGAACCCCACACUCGCGCCGCCACCGCAGGAACUCCCUCCAGAAGCUGCGAGGGCUGCAACACAACGCUGUCAACAGCCAGCAAAAUCGCCACCGUCGACAGCGGGAGCAGCGGCGACGACGACGGCAACAGCAGCAUCCCUUAACGGCCCUGCUUGCAGCACCGGGUCGUCCUUGAAACGACAAACACCCGGUUCUACGACACCCUCACCUCCACCACCACCACCAUCACAACAACAACAGCAGGCCGAGCCGCGGCAGCCGCCGCAAGAACAACAACAACAAGAACAACCGCAACAGCGAUCCCAGUCACCGCCGCAUGCGUCGCUGGUUCGUGACUGGAUGAUGGCAGCCCGGGGCUGCGAUCUAGGUGCCCUGACGCGGCUCUUGCAGCAGGAGCCCGGGCUGUUGGGCUGCCGUGGUACCGGCAUGGGCCACACGGCGCUCCAUUGGUGCGCUGCCAAGGGCAGCGUGGAGGGGGUGGGAUGGUUGCUGCGACAGGGCAUGGACAUCAACGUGCGCAAUGACGACGGGGCAACGCCUCUGCACGCGGCGGCGCGAAAUGGUCGGCUGGAGGCGAUCGAGGCGCUGCUGUCUUGGAGGGGGCUUUCCCCAGCACGCUUUGGAACCCCUGCCGCUGGCCCAACCGCCAUGGCGGCUCUGGCGGUCCAUUCCCUCUCCCCUUCCGAUGGCACUUCCACUUGCGCACCCAGCAACAGCAGCAACGCCGCCGCCACCGCUAUCUGCGACCUCGCGGCCGUUGACGGCGAAGGCCGUACGGCGCUGCAGCUAGCGCUGCAGUUUCGGCACAUGGAGGUUGCGGCGCUCCUAUUGCGGACGGCAGCGGAAUGGAAGCUGCCCCAAGAUGGCCGUGACGGGCCCUCGACAGCAGCUGCUGCUGCGGCCGCAGUCCGUUUUGGAGUCCAAGAAGCUUUAGCGCCACUGCCCACGUGCAGUGAGGCGAGCCGGCCUUGCUCCGCCGCCGCUGCCGAGCCCGCGGCGGCGCCGCCGCCAGCGCUCGACGAAGCGCCUCCGCAAACUGCCGCCAGUGAGCGUCUAACCACUGCGGAACUGGCUGUUGCAAAGGACGCGGGCAAGGGGAGGGGAGGUGCAGCAGUAGCAGAGUCAGACGCGACGGCGUCCUCCGCAUCGGAGGCGAUGCCAAUGUUGCGGGUUGACGACGGGGAUGCGACCUGCGGGUCUUCCUUGCCGCCGGCGUGGCUUUUGGAACCGGCGGCGGCGGCGGCGGCAACGACAGGUUGCGACGGCCACGGAAGUCACGGCGCCACGGACUCUCAUGCGGGACAGCAACGUCCCAGCGUCGCCACGAUCAGGUCGUUGCCGGAAGACUGCCGCGCUGAUGGCCACGGCUACGGCAGCAGCAAUAACAGCAAUGAACUAAACGGCCCCAGCAGUCGCAGUAUGAAUGGUUCCUCGACGGAUAGCGGUAGCGGCGAUAGCGAUCAUUGCAACACCAGUGGUGGAGAUUUGUCGCGAGUGCCCGAUGUUUGCGCUACCCACGGCGGCGGCGGCGGCAACGACAGAACUGAGACCGUUCUGACCGGGCCGCCGCCGCCGCCGCAGCCGCCGCCGCCAACACAGACAUCGCCGCCUGUGCAUAAAUGUGCUGCAGCCGGGGAUUACCACGAUUCCGUGGAUGAUGUUGUGAAAGGAAAGGCGGAUGCUUGUGGCCGUGGCGGUGGCGGCGACGGUACGCCGUCGCCGCAGCCGCCGCAGCGGCGGUCCGGCCUGACAUUGGAGGAGAAGAUGGCGCGGCGGGCCGCGCUGCUGGCAGCGGACGCGGCGGCGGAGCGGGAGGAGGCGCGCAGGGAGGCGGAGAAGGCAGCGCAGGCCGAGGCGGCCGCCGCUGCAGCAGGCCUUCGCAGCCGCGAGGAGGGCAGGGCUUGGUUGGAGGCAGCUAGGCGGGGCGAUCUGCCCACCCUGGAGCGAAUGUUGGCGGAGAACCCCAGACUGCUCAGCUACCAGGGUCAGGGCACCAGCUUCGCCUUCACUCUCCACACCGCGUUGCACUGGGCAGCAGCCCGGGGCCACACGGCGGUGGCCAGGUGGCUGCUGCAACAGGGCGCCGACCCCGACCUGCCCAACGCCGCAGGCGCCACGCCGCUUCAUGCUGCCGCUAGCCAGCGAGCUGACGACUGUGCUCGGUUGCUGGUGCUGGAGGCGGGCGCCAAGAUGGAUGUUUUGGACUCGUUAGGCGAUACCGUGCGGGACAUCCUGUUGCGCGGGGAUGCGGCUACCAACUGCAGCAGAAGCAACAACAGCAAGGGUGCUGGCGGCAGCAAGGGCACCGGAGAAGGGGCUCUGCUGGUUUCGGAGCUGGAGCUGUUGGCCCGAGUGGCGGCGCUCCGGGAUGCACCUGGAGGGUGUGCGGAGUGGGCACCUCGGGCGAUGCGAGGGCUGCUGGCUUCGGCAGGUGUCAACCCCGCUGGCCUGCUAGAGCGGCGUGAGCUGGUCGACGCAUGUCAGCAGCUCAUUGCUCGCUACCCGUCACGCAUCAUCGUGGCACCGUCCGCUGCCAUCCAUACCGCCGGUGCUAGCGGUGACGCUGCUACCGCUGUAAAUGCGGGGGUCCAUGAGACGCACUGCAGAACGGCCGCCGCUGCUGCUUGCAGCCCCCUGUUGAUGAAGCAGCAACCCGUGACGGGAGCAGGGCGGCCGGAGCAGCUGACUGAGGGAGGCUGCGACGCCUCCGCGGCUGGCGAGGGUGAGGGGGCCGACGGCACCGCCGCCGCCGCCACCGCCGCUUCGGAUGCCGCCAAGCAGCGCGGUAACGAGGCAUUCUCCCGGGGCGACUUUUCCAAGGCCGUGUCGCAUUACACCAUGGCCAUGCGGCUCAAUACGGAGCCGAGCGCCGUACUGUACAGCAAUCGUGCGGCGGCGUAUUGCGGUAUGCUAUAUUUUGGCAAGGCGCAGGCGGAUGCAGAAGCAGCGAUUCUCCUCGAUCCGCAGCAGCCAAAGUACCACUGUCGUCUUGGG